AUGGUAUCACUUUCAUGUAGAGGAGUAAAAGAACAAUUUUCAGAGCAACGCUCCCAAUUUUGCAGUGAACGUGUUUUACAGCACCAAAAUGCCGAGUAUUCAGAUGAUAGAUCGAAAUUCCGGGACUUUUGUGGCGAUUGUGCAGAUCUGGGGACAGUAAUUAAAAUAUUUCACAAGACUAAGGGUACAAAAGGGAGGCAGGAGAAACGUUAUAAACCAUUUAUAUCUUCACUGUCUGCAUGGACAAAUUCACCAUCGGAAGAUUCAUGCUUGGAAAUAUGUCAAGUUCCAAGAUAUCACACGUCCUUUACAGAAACCAGAAAUCAGUAUCCUGAGCUCUCACAGAAACCGCUUCCUUCAAACAACGCAUGUUUCAUUGUUAAAAUAAGUGAAAUGAAUGAAUUCUUUAAACUUACUGAUGACACUGUGAUACAAGACUUCCUCCGAUCUGAUGGAUGCAAGAGAAUGGCCGACAAGUACCUAAUUGCUAUGGUAUUUGCCUACUUCAAGAGGGCAAAUUUCUCCACCAGGGACUACACAAGAAUGAACUUCUUUGUCGGACUGUACCUUGCUAGUGACGUUGAAGAGGACGAGGAAGAGAUCAAGUAUGAAAUAUUCCCCUGGGUGCUAGGCGUUAACUGGAAGACUAAGUACCCCAGCUUUCUGAAACUGAGGGACUCGUUACUCAGAAAGAUCGACUACAAGGCCAUUAUAAGUAGACGUUGUUGUGAUGAGAUAAUGGCAAUUCAGCCAGACAAUAUUUUAUGGAAACGAGAACGACCUCUCCAUCAUGGAGGGGCCAUACGAAACUACAUGAAGGACCCAGAGGAUGAUGGUUUUCCUCGUGGCCCACAUGCUAACCCGCGGUUCUGCCCAGAAUGUGAUGCAACAGACAGCCAGUAUGAUUCAGCCAGCCCGGCGAGUACAUCUUGGUUCAUAUCGUCUCAGGAAACUUCUCCAGACGAUGGAGAGCUGGAAGAUAAGUUGCCCGAAGAUAAUGAUGAUGAUGAUGUGUGGCCAUCGGUGGAGGAGUGA